AUGCGCUUCUUCACCGCUCUCACCACUUUUGGCCUUGUCGCCUUAGUUGCUGCGCAAAGUGCGACUUCUGCCUCAGGCAGCACUAGUGUGGCCUCUGCCUCUUCCACCGCAUCUCUCAGCCCGCAAGCAAUAUGUCUGCAGCAAUGUGGCUCCGCCGAUGUCUGCUGUCAAGCUGCGUGCGUCGAUGUGCCAUGUCCAAGCGAUUUGCAAGCCAAUGCGACGACCGAAUGCGCCGCCCAAUGCCCACAAGGGAACGGCACUGCGUCCGAGACACAGGAAUAUGCCAGCUGUCAAGCCUCGUGUGUCAGCUCGUACUUCAUGUCCUCCACGGUCGUCACGCCCACCGCCACAGCCAGCGGCAGCGGUGCGUCUUCUACCAGCGACUCCUCAUUUGGUGGAAGCACGGCGACAACAACUGGUGCGUCUGCUUCGGCGACUGAUGGUAGUUCCGAGACAGGCGCAGGUGCCUCUGCGACGGGCAGCUCUGACAGUGACAAUGGGGCGAAUGGUCACCACGUAGGUGCUGUCGGAGUAGGAUUCCUGGCGUUGGUCAUUGCUGGACUGGUUUGGUAA